UUUCACCCACACACGUUUAAAGUUUAAAAAGGCAAAAAAAUCGCUACCAUGAAUAGGCCAAAGCAGGGUACCAGCUCCAACAACAGUGGCACAUCAUCGGAAACCAGCGAGACGCAAAGUGUGGAUGACCAGCAAAGUGCUCCGCAAUCGAACAUUCGUGCCGGUAGUAGUGCAUCAUUGAGUAGAGCCAAAAACAGUUGGAGACGCAUGAAAGAGCUGGCGGCGGAGAAGGAAAAGGAAAAUGAGGCCAAGCGACCUCCUUGGCGGGCAGUUAGCGUUUCCACGCUCACCAAGCCCGACAAAAGCGCCUUGCUGCGGGCCAAGUUACUGGAUGCCUCGAGACGUCUAAGAGCUGGCAAAGCAAAUGUGGCCUUGCAAACGGACUUUGUGCCCACGAAGCUCAUGAAAGAGGCCAGCUUUGGUGUGCAGAACGAUCUGAUUUUGUACAAGGACAUAGGAAUUCUUACCGAUGGACAGUACUCCAAAAAGAAGGAUGGCUAUGAGAAGUAUGUGCUCACCUAUUCCAUGUCCCAAAUGACCGAUAGUGUGCCUACCGUUUCGCGCCAAACUCAAACGCUACUGCCCAAGGCCUAUAACAAGGAUCUGGUCAACUCGUAUCUCCCCAAAACCGAUGAGGAUGGCAGUGACAUUAUCUCCGAUGUGGAAAAGAGGCUGGGCGAUCAGAUUGCCAAGAUACGGAGGCUUAACUUCGAUGGAUCUCAGCAGUCGAGGCCAAGUGGGAAUAAUACGAACUUGGCUCCUACCUUGGCAUCCUGGCAUUUCGACGACGAUGCAGUGGAAAUGGAAUCGGAACGACACUUUAUACCCUACACCAUAGAGUCCUUUAAGCCCUGGCGCAGCUUUGUGCCCUUUCCCUUCCGAUUGAGGGGCAAUUCCCUGAUUGGCACCCAAAAAAUAGAUUGGUACGCCCUUCUGCAGUCCAUCGAUGACCUGAUCAAGGAGUCCAAUAAUCUGGUUGAUAAACUAGAGAACAUUAUGCUGGAGAACCGAGCUCAUCGAAAGUCGGUCCUGGGAAGUCUGGGUAAAUUACCCAAGUUUGAGCCCACUAACUUCUCAGCCCCCUCGGAGCACUGGUUGCCGCUAAUUGAACAGCAGGAGAAGCAGUUGCAAAUUAUUUUGAGCGGUAGUGAGGCUAAAAGAGAAUCCUCUGAAUAGCAGUCUUUAUAUGACGAAAAUUGUUAGAGAUUAAUAUUCGGUGAUUAUUUAUGAAGAUAGGAUUAAAGAAAAAUGCAUAUGUUUUAUGGCCUUAGGCUUUAUAAAUUG